UUCCCUUUAUUUAAGAUUUUAAUGUAUAAAUUAAAAGAGUAAGAUUUAAAACUUUUUUUUCUCUAAUAUUACAAAUAGUAUCGUAAUUCUUUGUAUGGUGUCGGAAACAUCGGACGAAUACGUACAUUGUUGGAUGAUCCGCCAGACUGAAAUUGAAUAAUGUGACUGUUUUUAUCUCUGAAGCUGGAUUUUCGAUAUUUUCCUAAAUUAAGCAUUUACUUUGGUUAAAAAUAUUCUGCUGUUGGAUAUUUGAUGAGAUUUCAACUUUUACAUGAUUUUCAAGUAAGAUUUUUUCAGAAUUUCAAGUGCAGAAAAAUUUCAAUAAAAAAGGCAGUAAACAGUUUCCAUAGAUCAACUUUUCAACUUUCAUCAUCAUAUUCUUACUCGGAGGUUUCCAAAUUAAAAACAAAAAUGUCAGAUUACUUCAUUCCAAACAAUACUCCUUUCAUAUUACUGGAAUGUGAAGAAGCAUUUAAUCAACUCUCAGAGCAAGAAAAGCUUUAUUCUCAUUAUUUAUCAAGAGCUAGUUGGUUAGGGAGUCUUAUAAUUUCCCUACAGACAUCUAUAGAAAGUCCUCUGAUUUUCAGCAUGCUGCAUAGAUUAUUUCAAUUUCAGUCUGUUGAAGAGUUAAAAGCAGUUGCUUUGGAAGUCUGUAAUGUUAAUGAAGAUGAAUUUAUGUCUUUCUUGGUUUAUACAUGCGGGAUAUUUGCUAGUUUUGGAAAUUACAAAGGAUUUGGAGAUACAAAAUUUAUCCCAGAUUUAGAGAAGGAAAAAUUUGAAAAAAUCAUAAGGGCUAGUAAAUUUGCUGAAUGUCAACCUCAAGAUGUAGAAAUUUUACUCUCAAGAUGCUUGGAAUCUAUUUAUUCUUUGCAAGAUAAAGAACGUCAACUUGGUUUUCCUUAUGUGGGAACUACAACUUACCUGUCUAAAAAUUUUACUGAGGAGGACAAUAAAAUAGUAACAGACUUCUUGAAAAAGAAGAAUAUUGAAGUAUAUAAUUCAAGAUUGUUUAAAACUUCAGAUGAAAGUGGCAUGAGUUGUUAUGAAAUAAGGCUUGCGUCAGUUUUAAAAACAGAAGAUGCUGAAGAAAAAGAAUUGCUGAUAUCUGAAUCUGUGAAUUCUCAUAAAUUUAUUGUCACUCGUGGUGAUUACAGCAAGUUACUGAAACUAGUGAAUCACAACUUAUUACUUGCAAAGGAUUAUGCUGGAAAUGAGAAUGAAGUACAAAUGAUUGAAAAAUAUAUACAAAGUUUUCGUACUGGUUCAUUAGAUGCUCAUAAAGAUGGUUCUCGAUUCUGGGUAAAGGAUAAAGAACCCAUCAUAGAAACUUAUAUUGGAUUUAUUGAAACAUACAAAGAUCCUACAGGCAUGAGGGGUGAAUUUGAAGGUUUUGUAGCGAUGGUGAAUAAGCCAAUGAGUGCCAAAUUUGCAGAACUUGUGAAGGCAGCUGAAGAUUUACUUCCAUUGUUGCCUUGGCCUAGUGCAUAUGAAAAAGAUAAAUUUUUGCAACCUGAUUUUUCGUCUUUAGAUCUCUUGACAUUUGCUUCAAAUGAUGUGCCAAUUGGUAUUAAUAUACCAAAUUAUGAUGAAAUAAAGCAGUCUGAAGGUUUCAAAAAUGUUACUUUAGGAAAUGCAAUUCGUGCAAGAGCUAGAAAGCCUCCCAAUUAUCUAAGCAAGUCAGAUCAGGAAUUGUAUAUGUUGUAUCGCAUUCCAGCAUUGGAGUUACAAACUGGUUUGCAUGAACUUUUAGGGCAUGGAAGUGGAAAAUUAUUUCAAAAAGAUAAAGAUGGAAAACUAAAUUUUGAUAAUGAGUGUGUCCUACAUUUAGAAACGAACCAAAAGGUAACAAGUUGGUAUGAAGAAGGAGAAAAUUACAAUUCAGUUUUUGGUUCUGUAAGUUCACCUUAUGAAGAAUGCAGAGCAGAAUGUGUAGGGUUAUAUUUAAGUACAGUUCCGGAUGUAUUGAGAAUAUUUGGGCUUGAAGGAACAGAGGCAGAUGAUGCAAUGUAUGUUAACUGGAUAGAUGUAGUUUUUGCUGGACUUGAAGCAUUAAAAAUGUAUGACCCUAAAACUGGAUCAUGGCUUCAGGCUCAUGGCCAAGCUGCUUAUGUUAUACUGCAAGUCCUUUUAAAAUGUGAAGGGGAUUUUGUGAAAGUGGAAAAAAUAAAAGGUGAAGAUGGUAACCCAGAUCUGUUGUUUACAAUGGAUCGCAAUAAAAUUUUAAGUCAUGGGAAACCAUGCAUUGGUGAAUUUUUAAAGAAACUUCAGUUGUACAAAUCCACUGCUGAUGCAGCUUCAGCUAAAGGAAUGUUUGAUAUGUAUUCUGCUGUUACAUCUGAAGAAGCCUAUCCAUUCCUUGAAUAUAGGGAAAUUGUUUUGGCCAGAAAGAGACCGAGAAGAAUUUUUGUGCAAUCAAACACAUUUUUGAGUGAUGGUGAAGUGACAUUGAAAAAUUAUGAAUCAUCACCUAAAGGGCUGAUCCAAUCUUAUAUUGAACGUUACCAAGAUGGAAGCAUUCAUAAAACUUUGCUAGAACUGUGGGAGAAAGACAAAUGCCAUUUUACAUAAAUGUGAAUGAACAAAUUUGGAAAUAAAAAAAAAAUGUGAUAUUCAUAUAAAAAUAAAUCUUUAUUAAAUUUUA